GAGUUGGACCCUUGCGGCCCUUGCGGAUCUCGCAACAAGCGCGCCCCCAUGGCGUCUUCCUGGAGUGCGGACAGUUGCUGCCCAGGCCAUGCCGCAUGCACGAGCUUAGCAGACCUACAGUCGUGCUUGGUACAGUUCAAGACGGAGCUCCUACAGUUUCGGGAGCUCCGGCUGCGACGGCAGAGUUCCUUUCGCAACUUCUUGGAAGAGGAGCCGACGGACCGCGCAGGGCUGCUGGCGGCCGCCGUGAUGACCGGCGAAAAGAGUCAAGAGGCCCAAGCCCGAAGGCCGCCAUCGCCAGGUGCAAGGGCCGCAGUCGCCGCAGAGGACUCUGACGACACGGAUCCGGGGAUGCCGGAACUUCAACCCGUCACACCUCGACCCAUCGCAGAGGUGCCAAGGGCAUCCCAGAACGACUUUUCGCAAAGUGAUGGAGAAAGCCCGGCGAGGCUUGGGGAAAGUGGCGACUUCAACAAGUGCUGGGGCAGGAACGCUUUGAAGGAUGCCUUGAAGGGCAUGGAUUCAAGCUGAGACCAUCAGAGAGAGGAAGACAGUGAUGCCAUGGGCGACCAUGAAGGUGUUCUGUGAAGACUCAAACUGGGAUCUUCAUCCCACUCACAAAUACUCACAAAUCUUCAAGUUUUGAAUUAACUGCCUUCCUUCCUCAACCGCUUGCAUGAAGAAUGAACUUCUGGCGUAUUCGGCUGAUUUGAUCUCCCUAUCCAGAGUGAAGACUCUGGGACGAUGGCC